GAAAAUAGAUGAAGCGCAUCUGGACAGCUGUGCUGAGAAAGUUUGUGGGCCCCUUCCCGGCCUGCCAUCCGCAAGGCACGUCUCCCACGUCGCCUCCUGCUAGCCACUUGCUACUUAUUUAUUUUUUCCCAAGAAGCAAUCGGCAAUCCAAGCUUGAAGCUUUUUAUUCCCGCUACCCCCACUCCCCAUGCUAGGCGAGGCCACAUCACAUUCCACACUGUUUAACUUUCAUGGGGCUUUGCGAUCCAAAGAACAGAAACAGCAACAGAAACCCAGGCGCCGUCUGAUCCUAACUGUCACAGUGGGGAAAGUAGGGUGCUGAGAGAACGGACCAAGCUGGGUCAUGGGGAGUUUUAAAGGUCAUGCCCUCCCUGGAACCUUCUUCAUUAUUAUGGGCUUUUGGUGGCUUACAAAGAGUAUUCUGAAAUAUGUCUACAAAAAGCAAACUCGGACCUGCUACUUGAGUUCCAAAACGUUAUUGCGUCGAGCAGAGAUUUGGGAAGGAAUUGUCGCUGUCUUGAUGGCUUUUACUGGUAUGGCUGGGGAGCAGUUUAUCACAGGCGGACCAUACCUGAACCUGUAUAAAGAAGGCCAGUGGAACCAGCUUCUGGGCUGGCAUCACACAACCAUGUACUUCUUCUUUGGGCUCAUGGGGAUAGCCCACAUCUUAUGUUUCACGACCAAUUUAGUUCCCCUUUCUUUAAGCAAGUUAAUGUUAUCAAAUGCCUUCUUUGUGGAAUCAUUUAUCUUCUACAACCACACUCAUGGUCGGGAAAUGAUAGAUGUGUUUGUGCACCAGCUUCUGGUCUUUACCACCAUUUUGACUGGUUUGGUUACCUUCAUGGAAUUCCUUACCAAGAGCAAUGUACUGCUGGAGAUCCUACGAUCAAGCCUCAUCAUACUACAGGGGACCUGGUUCUGGCAGAUUGCCUUUGUCCUGUAUCCUCUCAGUGGAAGUCCUGCAUGGAAUCUGUCAGAUAUUGAGAAUAAAAUGUUUCUCACCAUGUGCUUUACUUGGCAUUAUGCAUCAACCUUUAUCAUCUCUGGAUUAAAUUAUGCUUUUAUCACCUGGCUGACAUCUGGGCCUCAUCUUCUUAGGGGCUGGGGCGUCUUCAGGAACAGUCACAGGAUGCAAGGACAAACUCAACUUCCUGUCAGCUCCCCUGCAGAGCCAAGAGAAGACUACUGUCUCUUCCUGUUCCAAAAGCCUUCAGAUGCCUAAUGAAUGGCUUGGCCACUUACCGGGCCCUAGAACCAAGAAACGCCAGCUUUAUUUUUCACCCUCUCCCAAUCCUCACCGCAUGUUAUUCUAAUCUCUUUGACCAGACAGUUCCCUUUACCUGGUAUAUUCACACUAAAUACCCAUCUCUUCUUUGAAACCUUCUAUAAUUCCUCUAGCCCAUAUUGAUCUGUGUUUCCUGAGCUCCCAAAGUACUUUGUUUGCACUAGACACUUUAAAUAUUAUCAUAUAUCAAUUGAGACAUUGACUACUUGCCCCCUGUUAGCCCUCCUUGCCAGCUAGAUUGUAUCCCUAUGUGAAAGCAAUCUUUUUUGUAUCCCAUACCGACUGUCACAUUAACAGACAUAUAGUAAGUGCUCAGUUAACAUUUAUUAGCUGUUUAGUAGAUCUCCAUUUCAAAGAUACUUAAAUAUAAACUUCAUUUGUUUGGAAAUUGCAUUUUAUAUGUUUCUUGAUUUUCCUUUAAUACUGAUAUUGAAAAGAUAAAAUCAAGAGUUUAGCUUUCCCUGAACUAUUGUGAUAUAUAUUUAAGCAACAGUUUUAAAAUACCACAAAGACUCAGUAUUGUCUUUCAGUGAGAUCACAUGAAAAACUAAUUCAGUACUAACUUUGAGAAUGAGGUGGAUUGAAAGUCCUUUAUUCAGGGUUCGACUAUGAGGCGGUUGCUUAUCCCCCAAAUCAUUAAACGUCAGACAUUCUAUCCGAGUUGUUUGACAUAGCACAAUAAUUGUCACACAAGCACAUCUAAGUUAUGGAAUUCUCCUCCUCAAAUCCUUGAAAGAUGAUGCAAAAUGUCCCAGUUUUGCAAAAUAGUGGUUCAAGAUUGCCACAUUCUAUUCUCUGCCUACAGCCUUGAUUGUGCAAGCUUGUAGGUGAAACCUAUCUCUUUGGAAAUAUUGUUGCAUAUUUAAUGUGUCACACACACAUAUAUUUCUGUGGCAAAUAACUAUUUCGAUAGCUGCUGCCUAUGAGUAAGGAAGCAUUGCCUAUUUUCAGAUGGGCUUUCCAAGCUGUGAGUCAUGUGAGCCAUUGUGAAGAACAAAGCAGGGCCUGUUAACACACCAAGCACACAAGUUUCUUGUGUCAGGUCUGCUCUUUUUCACAGUAAUUUAUGAGAACAUGAAGCAAGAGUAGAGACACACCUUGAUUUUGAUUCCCAAAUUUUCCCCCAUUCUAGUAACUGGCAAUUGUGUCUGGGUAUUUCUUUUGUGUUAUUAUUGGGGUAGGUGUUGUUUUGAGUGGGGGGUUAUUUUGUUUCUGAGACAGGGUCUCACUGUGUGGUCUUGACUGCUCUAGAACUGAUUAUGUAGACCAGGGUGGCUUCGAACUCACAGAGAUCAGCCUGCCUCUGCCUCCCGAGUGGUGGUUUAAAGGUGUGCACCACAAUGCCAGGCUGCAGUUCCUUACCCCAGCUCGUACCCUACCUCACAGAACCAUUUCUGUAUGUGGGCUACAGAUGCCUAGAACCCUAUAAAGGUGUGAAUGUGUCUGAGCUUCAUGGCUUACAACACAGCUACAACCCAGAGAGAAAGAACAGGAGGCAGUGGGAGUGACUGGGUCUAUGUUAACAUUUCAUUCCCAGUAAGCAGCCACGAGUCAUUCAUUUUCCACACGAGUCUUCAGAAAUGAACAUAGCUGAUUAAUCCCUUUCAUCCUACACAGACUGAUGUUGAGCUUUGUGGAAAGAAUGUGUGGGCUUUUAUAAGAUCACACAAGUGCUCUCCAACCCUUAAUCAGCCUUCCAAAGAGGAGGUGGCUUGGAGUGUUUCGAACCUAUGAACAAUAUCAAUAGUCAACAAAGGAGGCAAACAACUGAGCAGUUUUUCUUGGCUGUUGAACCACCAGAGGUGGUUUAUUAGAUGCGUUAGUGUUAGUUGGCAGUAGCAGAAGAGCGGGCAGCCUCUGUUCAUAGAUGAGCCACGUGGCCUGUCAGAUUGCUCCAAAUGUCCGAGCUGUGUCAAAUGUGUCAGUGUUAGAGGUUAGGAUCACUUCUGACUCUGGCUUGGGUUAUGCUAACAAAUGGGAUGGAGUCAGUGAAGAUCCAGAGCACAGGAGUGACGUAGUGUAUGAAUAGAACGGGCCAGAACUUAAUGGAAAGAGAAAGAGAGGCGGUAAAAAUCAGAAUGUAAACAGGCUGAAAAAAAAUUUUCAUAAAGAGAAAUUCAACCCAGGCUUGACACAUGGCUUCCCUUGGUCUGUCACUCUAGGGAAAGGGCAUGUGCUUCCUUAAAGGAGAUGAUGUCUCUUUGCAAUCCAUAGGUAGUUAUGGGUUUGAUGCAGAUGUUCCUCCAAUGUCUCAUUUGUCACAGUCAGUAGAGUCCCCUGCUGGUUUUAUAAGCAAACAGUUGUACAUAGUUAAGCAAUCUCAUAAUGCGUUUGAGAGACACGUCUUUUCUUUUUACUUAGACAUUGCUGUAGUCAAUACACAUUUUCAAGUAUCUCCAAGUCACGUAGAAAUCAUUUCACUUUGGGGACUGCCUCUAUUUGCUGUGGGAAUAAUCUGCAUAUUGCUGUAAAGUUUUGACCCUUGAUAUCAUGUAACAAGUAAUUUUCUUCUUCCUCAGGUUAAUUAAAUCUAGACUUAGGAAGGGCUGCACCUCAGAGGUCGGACUCCUGAAAAAUGCUGAACGUGAACACGAAUCUGAAGAGGAAGUGUGAUUUUAAUGGGCACCCAUUCUAAAUAAGUCUUCUCUUGUUGCAUUUGCCUUUGUUCAUGGCUUUCUUUCUUGACCUUUGUCUGAAGAACAGCUGUCUGAGGCUGACUCCAUGUUGUUUGUAUUUCCAGUUUUGAUAAAGUGUUGGACUUAUAAAUGUCUCACUUUCUGACGUCUUUGAGAGUACCUUGGGUGAUAAAUUCAGUUUGCAUAUUAUGCAUGCCGUGGUGUCCAAGAGCAAUCAUUUUUCCAAAGUUAUGUAUAGUUUCAUGUUCAUAUUAUGAAAAUUAUUUGUUUUAUUUUCCUGAUGAUACCUUAAAGAGACAUAGCCUUGUCAUCGCUUGUAAUUCAUUAAAUGUUGCAUGUUAUUUGUUUAUCUUGUGGACACAAUGAAAAAAUAAAUGAAUGCAUGCACCUUUGUGAAAAAACCUCAAA